AUGCUGGUUUGUCUUUUUCCUUUGCCAGUUCACGGUGCAUGGAGUGAAUGGACCGAGCAGCCGUGCUCAAAAUCAUGCGGAGGCGGAUUUCGCAUUGUCACGCGGGAAUGCGACAACCCAGCACCACAAUACGGUGGCGAUAACUGUUAUGGAAACCCAAACAAAUUCGAGCAAUGCAGCACAGAAUGCUGUCCAAUACAUGGCACAUGGAGCGCAUACACGAGUUGGGCACAGUGUGAAGUAACAUGUGGAGGUGGCAGGCGAAUUCGAAGAAGGAAGUGCGACAAUCCUCCACCGUCGUGCAAUGGGCGCAACUGCAGUGGGUUUGACGUAGACACCGAAGACUGCUCUCCCAAUGACUGCCCUGUGGACGGGGGCUGGAGUACCUGGUCAGAAGGAGUCUGUACUAAACCUUGCGGUGGGGGUCAUCAGCAAAAGUUCCGUAAAUGUGAUGACCCAGUGCCUAGGGGUAAAGGUGAACCCUGUCCUGGACUUGAAGCGGCAAUUGUAGCAUGCAACGAUCAAGCGUGUCCUGGUAUCUAUGCUGCUCAAAGCCACAACGCAUAUUAA